CCCCGUUCCCAGAACAGCCGGAGGAGGCGGCCUAGAGGGCGGACAGACAGAAGGCAGGGAGGGCCAGCAUGCCCCCACUGCUGCACCCCGCCCUGCCGCUGCUCCUGGGCGCCACGCUGACCUUUCGGGCGCUCCGGCGCGCGCUCUGUCGCCUGCCACUGCCCGCGCACGUGAGCGCCGACCCCCUGCGCACCUGGCGCUGGCACAACCUUCUCGUUUCCUUCGCCCACUCCAUUGUGUCAGGGAUCUGGGCGCUGCUGUGUGUAUGGCAGACCCCCGAAAUGCUGCUGGAGAUUGAAACGGCAUGGUCGCUUUCUGGCUAUUUGCUCGUUUGUUUCUCAGCAGGGUAUUUCAUCCACGACACGGUGGACAUCGUGGUUAGUUAUCAGGCACGAGCUUCUUGGGAAUACCUUGUCCAUCAUGUCAUGGCCAUGGGUGCCUUCUUCUCAGGCAUAUUUUGGAGCAGCUUUGUUGGUGGGGGUGUCCUAACACUACUGGUGGAGGUCAGUAACAUCUUCCUCACUAUACGCAUGAUGAUGAAGAUCAACAAUGCCCAGGACCACCUCCUCUACCGGGUCAACAAGUAUGUCAACUUGGUCAUGUACUUUCUCUUCCGCCUGGCCCCCCAGGCCUACCUCACCCAUUUCUUCUUACGUUAUGCUGGCCAGAGGACCCUGGGCACCUUUCUGCUGGGUAUCCUGCUCAUGCUGGACAUCAUGAUCCUUAUCUACUUUUCUCGCCUCCUCCGCUCUGACUUCUGCCCUGAGCGUGUCCCCAGCCAGCAACUCAAAAACAAAUUCUUGACCGAGUGAGAGGCACAGAGCCUGGGACUCCUGACAAGGACAACAAACACCGCCAAGGAGAACGGAAACAGCCUCACACAUCAGCUGGGACUGAGCCCCAAGCCUGGGUGUCCUCUGGGGCCAGCCUCUCCACCUUCUGAGCCUGCACCCACCCUAUUGAAAACACUAAUGAAAGUACUCCUCUGAAGUCCUUGUCCUUUCUGGGGCAAGGGUGUGGGAAGCAGGCAGACCGGUUGGACAUGGUAGAUGGGUGUCUGAGGGCAAGGUGCUACCCAAAACCAGCAAACCUACACUGCCUUGAAACAGAUGCUAAUGAAAACUCAAAUUAUACUUCCUCUCCCUCAAA